AUGGGACAAGAAUCAGAUCACAAAACCCGGUUGGUAUUGGAGAUUUGCUCCAUUUCCAGCCGUUCAGUUAUAUGUGUUCAUAGACUUAUCUCAAACCCUGCCAAGGCUUCUUUCAUUGAUUGGUAUUGCAUUCUUGGAGUGGAAGAAAAUGUAGAGGUAAAUAGCAUUCGCAAGCAAUACCAUAAACUUGCCUUGCAACUUCAUCCGGACAAAAAUAAACACCCAAAGGCUGAAAUUGCAUUCAAGCUUGUCUCUGAGGCAUAUACAUGUCUGUCUGAUACGGCAAGAAGAAAGACUUUUGACUUGGAGAGAUAUAAGAAUUUCUGCUUUGAGUGCAAUAGAAUCCCGUAUACAUCAAGCAAUGUCCCAGGCAAUUUCAAUGGUUCUAGUUUCAAGACAUGGAAUAGUACUAGCAAGUCAAGAUCUUAUAAAGUUUGGAGAAAUAUUAGGGACACGAGAGAAAGAUUGAAAGAGGAGGCUAAGGUGAUAGAGAACUGUCUGCGGGCAAAUUCAAUGUCAAAGAAAGAAUCUCCCCUCUACAAUCCAGCUGACUUUGCACAUGGAAGCAGGUGCCAGCACAAAAUUGAGAAAGAAAUCCCGGUUUUCAAUCCAUUGAAAUACUUGUACCAAGGCUACCCUCAUCCAAAGGGCCAUGUUUACAAGAAUUUUGAGACACGUUGGUUCUUGCAAACACAAGAUAUAGUGCACAAUGACAAGAGGGGAGCUAAGUAUGCUGACCCCGUUUUUUAUGUCAAAUCACAAAGAAGCAUGCUCACAAGUAAAUUUGCAUCUGUCCCAUCACAAUGCUAG